UGUGCCUUAGACACACCCUAUAAAAAACCUAGGCCGGCAGGUCCAGCAAAAAGAACUCCACCGGCCGCUUGAUCGCCGCUCUCCGCCUUGUCGCAUGCCCGCGUGGAUCGAUCAGCUUCCACUCCAAUCCAAUCACAGGCUUUUGGAGAGAUGGCCGAAUCCUUCGUCCUCAACACCGGAGCAAGAAUACCGUCAGUUGGCCUCGGCACGGCGAAAACAGAGCCCGGGACCGUCGGGGAGGCCGUCUACGCUGCCAUCAAGGCUGGAUAUCGGCAUAUUGAUUGCGCUCCAGCGUACCGCAAUGAGAAGGAGAUUGGUUUGGCUCUGAAGAAACUGUUUGAGGAUUAUGUGGUUAAGCGUGAAGAUUUGUUUAUCUCUUCUAAGUUGUGGUCUGGUAAUCACGCCCCAGAAGAUGUGCCAGAGGGCAUUGACACUACUCUUGAAGAUUUGCAACUGGAGUACUUAGACCUGUUCCUUAUCCACGCUCCAGUCCGAACUAAUAAAGGAGCUGUCCGAACCGCUGAAAACUAUAUUACUCUUGAUGUCCCUGCUACAUGGGGGGCGAUGGAGAAGUUAUACGACUCCGGCAAGGCUCGUGCAAUCGGCGUGAGCAACUUUUCUUGUAAGAGGAUGGAGGAUUUGCUUGCCAUUGCUAGAGUAACUCCUGCUGUCAACCAGGUUGAGUCCCAUCCAGGUUGGCAGCAAAUGAAACUCCGCGAACUUUGCGAGUCAAAUGGUGUUCAUCUUUCUGCAUAUUCACCCUUAGGUAGGCCUGGAUCACCUGCGUUCACGGGUCCAAGCUUUCUUAGCAACCCUAUUGUCAUCUCUAUUGCCGAGAAGUUGCAGAGAAGUCCUGCACAGGUUGCUCUACGCUGGGGCCUUCAAAUGGGUCAGAGUGUGCUUCCAAAAAGCAUCAAUGAAACAAGGAUAAAGGAGAACUUUAACAUAUUGGACUGGUCUAUUCCUGAAGAUUUGAUGUCAAAGUUCUCUGAAAUCCCACAGAUUAAGACUCUAAGAGCUGAAUUUGUAGUUCACCCGCAAGGUAUUUACAAAACCGUGGAGGAUUUUUGGGAUGGUGAAAUCUGAAGUGUAUGAAGUUCUGAUGAAGGCAUAGCAUUAUUAUCAUGCUAGCAUAAAUAUCUUGCUUCUUCAGUUCUUCUCAUUGGUUGUAUGCAGAUGGAGAUACUUACUUUAAAACUUUUGAGAAUAAAUGGCUUUUUUUAUGGAUGUGUGGACCAACGGAUGGGAAGGCCGAAAAAAUGCCUUCUUUUACUGAUGGCUUAAAAUAAUUGCUCGAUCAUAUAUUUUUCU